AUGUCAAACGCAUUGCUGCUUUUGCAUCCAACGAUAGUUACUUCUCAGCAUGAGGUAGAGCUCUACAAGGCUCAACUUCUGGCGAGUUUGCCACAGGGGUCUUCCAUAUCGCAGAACGUGAUCGAUAGGGUUGCCAACAACCUGGUGUCGUUCGAAGACGCUUCGUUCGACGUUAUCAACUACAUUUCGCCACCAGAAGCCCCCAAGCUGCCGAGCGUGGUUUUGUCACUUUUCUACAACGCUUUGAAACCAAACGGAAAGGUUGAAGGAGCGUUCACCAACGAUGCCAAGUUGGAGGCCAUAAUGGCUGGUUUCUUGGUACAACCAGACGGAUCGUGGCUCAAGCCUCAGCCAAUGAAAACCACGGUAUUGCUGAAGAAGAGAGACUCAAAUGGAAGCAAGAAACUGCUUCCAAAGUUCAAAAAGGCAGAAUCGGCGCUACCUACGUUUAAGAGAGCAAAUUCCCCCACGUUGACAGAUACCUCCGACUUUGGAGACGAGGACUCGGAUUCCGUGACCGCAAAGUUGAGAGAGACUAAGCUCACCUUUUUGGAUAUGGAUGAUAUGGAUGAAUCAGAGUUGAUCGACGAAGAUGCACUUGUGGACCAGUCGCUACUGGCCAAGCCAAUCGUGGUGCCUGUCAAGUGUGAAUUGCCUGGAGGAAAGAAGAGAAGAAAGGCGUGCAAGGACUGUACUUGCGGAUUGAAGGAAAAGGAGGAGGCUGAGGAGAAGGAGCAUCGUUCUGCUCAAGAUAUUCUUCUCGGAAGUAUGGCAAAGUCGGCUGAUGCCGAAGCCAGAAAGAUCGAGGAGAGAAUCAGCAAGAGGGCAGCCUCCAAGCUGGGUGAGGAGGUGAAGUUCACCAGCGAGGACAUUACUGAGAUAGACUUCACGAUACAAGGCAAGACUGGUGGAUGUGGUUCGUGCGCUUUGGGAGAUGCCUUCCGUUGCGACGGGUGCCCAUACCUAGGUCUGCCUCCAUUCAAGCCCGGCCAGGUGAUAUCUCUGGAUUCGUUUGGUGAAGACAUCUAA